AAAUCACCAAAGCAUCUACCUUAUACGUAAAGGCCUGUUUUUAAAGACUCUCAGAACCACUGAAAAGAAGCCGCAACUAAAUCCAUUAACUAUGUUUUGAGCAUGUGAGAGCACGGAAAAAUUAAAUUAGUCCACGUAAAGUCGAAGAAAGAGAAUAUUAGAAGCUGUCAAGAAUCGUUAAUUCCUUAAAUUCUUGAAGUUAUGUUAGGUUAAAAAAUUGGAGUUUAGUACAUAAGUGAAUUAACUCACUUCAAGCUUAGCAAAAGCGUGAAUAUUGAAACGUUGAAUCGACAAGGAGCUGCGAAUUUAAAUAAUUUAUCAAUGACAACAUCCCAAAAACAUCGCAGUUUUGUUUCAGAACCCAUUUCUGAAAAGGUUGUAGAAGAGUUACCAGGCAUCGGUGAAAAACUUGGAGAAAGACUCAAAGCUAAAGGGUAUGACAAAGCGUAUGUCGUCCUGGGACAGUUUCUUCUUUUGAGGUGCGAAGAAGAGUUAUUCAAGGAAUGGCUUUCACAAACAUGUGGUGCUAAUUCAAAACAGUCCGGAGAUUGUUACACUGCCCUUAAAGACUGGUGUAGUUGUUUCAUUUUCUAAGUAGUGUACACUAAGAAUAUUAUGUGACAUUGUUAUACGCAUCUUAUUUUCCUCUACGUACAUUUUGUUAAUAUUUGUUUUAAAAAUUUAUGCAUUGAAGUAUCCAGUGCAAUAUAUUGUACUAAUAUUUUCACCUUUAGAUUUUUUAGAUGAAUCGCGGUAACCAAACUGAUUAGUGGUUAGUAUUCUUGUCAUAGUGAUUAACUCGUAUAGCAGCCCUCAUACAUCAGUUAGUCCGAACUCCUAGCUUCCUGCAUCAAAGUUGCCCGUUAGUGUGCAUCUGCAGAGAUGUUUUUGCGGGAUCGUGGGCUGAUCAUGGAAUAACGUAUCUUAAUGGCCUGUAUGAACUAGUAUAGAUAAAUACAGUAGUCACAUAUUUUGUCAAAGUGCGGAAACAGUGGGUUUUCCUUGUUACUAUUAGUUUUUUAACCUUCAAGUGACGGUUUUAUUGCAAACGAGUUAAGAGGAUAUGGUUGUGGGGUAUUAUAUUAAAGUCAGUCGUAUACAACGUAGAGCUUGACACU